UUACCAUCCAUCUGUUUUUCAGCUACAUUGUACUACGAGUAGAUCUACUGCCUAUCCAGGUGGUAUCUUCCUUGCUCUUUCCACUUAAUCUCUUUUGAGGCUUCCAUGGAUGGUGCAUGCUGGGAGCAAGCGCAGUAUUACAAGUCUAAUGAAGGCGCUCCGAUAUUUGGAGAGAUAGAAAUGCACUCUGCUGCUGCUGUUGGAGAGAUGUAAGGACGUGUGGCUGAAAGGGAAAUGGCUGAUUCGCUGUGCGCAACUUAUGAGGUCGUAUACCGUCCUGCUGAUGAAGAAAUUCAUAUCAAGGGCGAUGUGUGGAUCCUGGGCCGACAUUAUAAUUUGCCACAAGAUAAGCAAGCACUGGAAAGUCAUGUUGAAUCCCUGAUUUGGUGUACUUACCGCAAGAAUUUUAGGGCUAUCGGUGGGACCGGCUAUACCUCUGACUCAGGAUGGGGUUGCACAAUGCGCUGUGGACAAAUGGUCUUGGCUGAAUCUUUGACGCGGCUCCAUCUUGGCAAAGAUUGGAAAUGGACGCCAGGCACAAGAGACCGCCGCUACCACAGUCUCUUACGUUGCUUCUUGGACAAGCCAGACUCCAUCUACGCCCUUCAACAAAUAGCCCAGUUUGGUGUUGACUUUCAUCGUCGUAUCGGUGAAUGGUUUGGACCGAACAAUAUGUGCCAAGUGAUCAAGAAACUGACCCGCUACGACGGCUGGAGUAACUUGGUAGUGCACAUUGCCAUGGACAUGACCCUCAUAGAAUCUGAAAUCUAUGCAUUGUGCGAAGGCAAAGACACGGCAACGGGCAAGCGCAGGUCCUUUCAGGACGGCAAGGGCGAGAGCAUAGCCACGGAAUCGCCCCAGGCGGCCACUGCCGAUGGCGGUGCGUCGGCGAGGAACGAGUUCAAGCCACUGCUGCUCUUCAUUCCGCUGCGCCUCGGUCUUGACACAUUUGAGAAGAAGUACUCCGAGUCAGUGAAGGCCUGCUUCAAAGUGCCGCAGUCAGUUGGCAUCAUUGGUGGCCGGCCACGCAACGCCUACUGGUUCUAUGGAGUCCAAGGUGGAGAGGGUGGAAAGCUCUUCUAUCUUGAUCCACACACUAUCCAGGUUACCGUUGAGCCCGUCAAUGACCAAGUACCAGAUGAAACAUUCCACGACACCGGUCCUCUCCACCUUAUGAGUAUGUAUGAACUGGAACCAUCUAUGGCUGUGGGCUUCCUGUGCACGAGUAGAGAGGAGCUGGCAGAUCUCUUCAUCCAACUCAGAGAAAACAUACUUGGCUCUGGUCCCGGUCUGUUUGAGAUCUUUGCCACACGCCCCAAGAACAUGCCUGCCUUGCCUGAUAUGCCGGAUGUUCCUAGUGCGGAUGAAGAAGACCUGGACAGCUUUCAAGACCUUGUGGCGACAGACUCUAGUUCUCCUCAUGUCGAUAACACGAGUGCUGAGGAUGACUUUGAAGUGAUUGAGCUGCCGCUUGCAUGACAGGCAAGCGGCACACUGCACACACACUUGGAGUAUAACAUGAGGUGAGCGAGGAAUGCUAUGUGUGCCAUUGCUCUAACCAUGCUUUUCUCGUCAGUUACAUCACACCAUCCGCUGAUUUCAAGCUUAGGUUUUCUGUAUAAUUAUAUUGUUGCGGCAGUGCUGCAAUCCACCUGUACAUAUCCGUAGAUGCUGGGACUGAACAGUAUCCAACGUCGUCGACGCACAUAUUUUUAGCUCCAGGUGCUGGGAUACCUUGAGCGGUGAUUUCUUGACAGAAACUAGCUGCUGACCGUUGUAGUUGGAUUUGUUCCACUUUCUGUUGCUAUUUUUAUCUUUUGCUUUACCUCCGUUGCUGCUUUUGAUAGUGAUUUCUUUAUUCUUCCACACCUAGUACCUGAUUUCUUUAUUCUUGCGCUAUUUUCCUACAUUCUCUUUUUUUAAUUGUAAUUCUCUAGCCGCUUCAUUGGAGCGAUGCUUUUCCAACACUGCUGGUAGUUGUUAGUUGCAGUUGAAGGCUCACUGCUGGCUGGUUUGUCUAGUUUUUUUAGACGGUGGUUACAGGUCCACCUUGAUUUGAACAUGCGCUGGCCAUGUUGCCCCCCCCCCCCCCCCCCCCCCGUGUGUGAUAUCUUCAGGUCUUAGGUUGCGUGCGUAUGUUUUUCAGCACGGCACAUCUUUCAUACUUCAGCAGCAGCUUGGCAGUUUGUGAUUUUAGGAGCCAUGAUGUGAAUAGUCAUCAACGUAUUCUAACACCACAAUGCAUACUCCGGCAUUAUUUAUAUUCUUCUUAUUCACCCCUCCACUCCGUUCAUGCAAUCAACGCCAAUCGUUGCUAAUUGCUCUGCCGUGCUCUA